AGCGCGACCAGCAGCGCCGUGCGCAUGUUGUUGUUGUUGGCCAAUCGCCAGGAAGGUUUACACCAGCACAGCCGCGGCUUUAAAUCAGUGCAACACCAGCAGCCACCGGCAACGGACUUGAAACUUGAACACUUAUUCGAGCGAAUACAAGCAAUAUUUGCGGAAAAAAUAUUAUAUAAUCGAAUACUCAUUACAAGUGUUUAAUUUGAAUCGGCUGUGGUGCAAAAAGUAACGAGAAAAAUCCAUAAAUUAUAUUCGAGCAUUAUUUUUUCCAAAGGCGCGCGCAUACAAACCGACUUUGUGUAUCCGCAGGAGACAGCCGCCAGCGCGUAGAAUCGAGAAGCCGACGUGUACGCCGCGUACUGAAUGCAAAAUCAGUUAUUCAAUUGUUGUGCGCGCGAUUAAGGGAAACCAUUGAAUUUAAAUAAAUAUAAUUCAAUUGCGCAAAGGAAUUCCUGUAUUUGCCUUUUGUAUUUGCUGUCAGCGAAGCCAACAAAUUAAUUCAAUCCGCGCUCACACACUCGUCCCACCAGCGAACACACACGCACAACAACAAGGCAUAGCGCACCGAAAUGUUGCUGAAAUUCCUAUCUCUGGCAUAUGUGCUACACUUGGCAGCCGCCGCGCCGCAGCUUCUCACCUUUAGAGACGGCAAAUUUGGUGUAAAUUUCGGUGGUUAUCACGCUGAGGCGGGUCUGGGUGGUCUACUCACUGGCGAUGCAGCGCAUGGCGGCCUAAGCGCUUCGGCUGGUACGCCGUUCGGGCAAAGGGCUGGUGCUGGCUUAGGGGGCAGUGUGGACGGAAAUGCCGCUGGCGUACUGUAUGCCGGUGCUGAGGCCAAUCCACAGCUCGGUGCUGGAGCCAUUCUUGGCGGAGAUACCAGCAGAGGUGGUUAUGCGGGUUCACAAGCUUUUUCCGGCGGUAGAACCGUGGCAAGCACAAAAAACCACAUCUUUCCGGGAACUUUCAGCAAUCAAGUGGACGCAGUGACUAGUGGUCCCAGUGACACAACACAGUAUGAUGGCAUUCAAAAAGUCCGACCACCGAAGAAGUAUCUUAUCAAACCCAGUUCCUACAGCAAUAGCGCAAAUAAGACACCCAAUAAUUCUGACCGCAAGGCCACUGACAACCGCCAUGCCCCCAGCACUGACAUCCUUAAACGUGGUGAUGACUUUUCAACCGCUGCAACAGGCAACCAUAACGGUAACAGCGAUGACGUCAACGUUGACACCAGCGCUGCCUCUAUUGCCGGAGAACAGCAUAAAGGCGUCGUGAAACCAAUUGCUACAUAUGUUCCCGUUGUACAACAUCCUGCAGGAGCACCAAGCGCCAGCGACACCACAGAGAGCGUAGGGAAAGCCGAUAGCCAGCAGCAGCUCAGCGACGCACCACAGCCAGCCAACGGUGUCGAGCAUGCUGCAGCGCCACCCACCAUCGUGGUGAGCAGGCAACGCUUGCGCCAAAAGUCACGCACCCGACCCAAUAAACGUGAGCGCCAGCUGCAGCGGCAACGCGAGCGCCUACUGCAAACACAGCUCGCGCUAAGGACGACAGAGGCCGGAUAUGCUGCUGAAGCUAGCGCCAGUGCCAACGCUAACGCCAACAGUAACAACAAUGCAGGUAGCGGUGUCGCACACUCGAAACAACUGACCAGACAAGUGGAGAAGAAUCAAUUCAAUUUCGCCACGCCAUCGCCGCUACCCGAUAUCAACCUGAACGUCGGCCCAGCGGUAGUGACCAGUGCUUUGAACAUACCGAUUGGCAUUUUGCGUUCUCUGCAAGAGUCUUUGGGUGGACUCGCUACUGCCAGACAGGGAGCGUCUGCAACAAUUAACUAAGCGACGAAUUUCGAUUUAUUUUACAUAUAUGCAUUAAAGAAUUAUCGAUUUUGUAUUUAAAGUUGUUCUGAAAAUUCAAAUAAAAUGCGAAAAUUCAGCAAGAAA